GUAGUUUUUAUAACUUAUUAAGACGUAGAAAAUUUUGGGUAUUGCUGAGAUCUGGUACCUCAGCAAUACCCAGAAUUCGUCAGAAAACUUUUGGGUAGUGCUGUACUUUUUUUGGGUAGUGCUGAGCUGGGUGCCCCGUCCGUCGGAUACUGUAGUGGAAGCCGCGACUUUCACAGAAACGCUAAAGCGCCCUUUUUCUCUUACACUUUGUCGUUGAUAGUGACACGGCACCCAGCCCAGCUAGUCCCCACUCAUGGACAAGUUGCCGGUAGAAAUCCUCACCAAAAUCAUCGAAUAUCUCAGUCCGCGCGAGAAGGUCAAGCUACAAUUGGUCUGCAAGAAUCUCUUCGACCUCGCCCGUGACGAUAAUCUUUGGAAAUUGCACUGCUAUGAGCAGUCAUGGGCUGCGCUGCAAGCCACUCGUCCGGCUGGCCGGACCUCGGAAAGUUUGCUGUCGAACCCGACUGCGUCCUUGAGCACACUAGGGCAGAACUCAUUGCGUGAUUUAAUUCAACCUCCGGCUCUGCAGUCGAAGGAAGCGCCACUGGAUGAAGGACGAAGAUAUUCGCCGAGCGACAUAGCAAGGGCGGCCGCAGAUUGGGACUCUUCGGCGGAGGGAGAACAUGUGGAUUGGUAUUCGGAAUACAUUGCUCGUCAUGGACCCAUGUCACUUUCUUGGGUGCAGCAGCCUAUGCGAUCAAAUGGCCCUGGUCGGAGGAAACAGCCGUACGAAAUCAAGGGCAUGGGGUUGCUGAAAGAUUGGAGUUCUGCGAGGGAGAACAAGAUCGUGGCUCCUCUCGACGAUGGUACAGUCUGCAUCUGGGACCUCAAUCACUCCCACCAUUCCGACUCACAUUCAACAAAGGGCAAAAUACUUGGGAUGAGUGAUCCGGGAGCUCUCAUGGCCAACCUGUCUAGAUGGAGGGAGGUUUCGCCUUCCAAGUCUGCACUGGAGUUUAUCAAUCUUGGGGAGGGUGUCUCUGUGGACUCGUUUCGACGGAGAGCAUACCUCGCUGUUGGCAAUGUUUUGAAUGAAGUGGAUCUGGAGACACUCAAAAUUGUCUCGCAACAGCGAUACCCUUGGUCAAUCUUUGCGCUUUCGCAAGAGACCGAUUAUUCGGUUCCAAUAACACUCGCGACAACGCUCAGUUUGCAGAUUCAUGAUGCACGGCUAUCUGCGACAGAAGAGGAAGAAGCCAUCAGCCUACGCUGCGAGAAGAACAUGGCGCCCCUCGUGCCGGAGCUGGGCAUAUUUGCCUAUCCAGACUCGCCAUUACUGCAAUUGCAACCAAACGGGCAGCCUCCCACUCGCAUCCGAAGCCCUGACCCCACGGCCAGAGAGAAUUACGCACCUCUCUUCCAGCCUGGCCCACUCUCCAUCUUACACCCUCCCGCUCCCCAUGUGAACUCUAUCCUUCUUGCAGGUCGAUUCCCUAGCAUUCUCUGCUAUGACCGGCGCUUUUUCCCUCGCCUGCAAAGUACCGUACAUUCCGGAGGCCGGUUAUGCGGUCUUGCCUCGGCUCCUGCACCUCGGUUCCCCGUCUUUUCAGACUCAACUUACCCCCAGUCUCACGCCGUAGUCGCUUGUGGCGAGUACAACGGUCGGGGCUCGUUAGAAUUUUACAGUCUGAAGUCAUCAUCACAAGGAUUCAACGACAACCCGUCAAAGAUGACAUCACAGCUGACACCUGAAUAUAAGAAUCGACAAAGCGCAGCAAGUUCCAAACUGCUCUCGGUCGCAUCACAUGGGAAUCGUCUCGUUUACUCUGACUCUGAAGGCAACAUCAAAUGGGUCGAGCGCAAUGGCCGGUCAGAAGUCCGCCGCUGGAAUAUCAACACCUCCCAACCUCAAAUCCCAUUCUCUAGAUCCAGUCUCACACCAGUACAACCAAGAGCACAGCCAGAUGAAGAGCCUACUGCCCGCGGACUAUGGUCGCAGCUCAAUGCGGAAAACAAUAGCAGUGAAGUGGCACGCAAGAUUCUUCCUACUGGGGGCAACUUGACCGGUGACGAGCUGCUAGUCUGGACUGGCGAGCGCAUUGGUCGUAUCAAGUUCUCUACGCCCGCAGACCUUGAGGGUUUAGUAGAGGAAGAGGAGGAUGAAUGGUUCAUGCAGGCCGAGGUUGAUGAAGAAACUCGCGCUGCAAUGCGACAAAAGCAUCGUGAUGAAUGGGAGAAGGAGCAGAGGUAUGAAGAUAUGAUGCGGCGGGCACUUGAGCGGCAAGCCGAUGAAGUCCGAUGGAUGGGAACGGAUAGCAUGGGCUGAUAAGGUGUUCACCAUGGCCCAAUGCUUCCGUGUUUUGAAUUAUGGCAUCGAGCGGUCCAUUUUUUGUUCUUUCUCUUCUUUCUAUAAUCUUAACAUUCUGUCGCGUGACUCUCUCGUUUGAGCGGCUAUCUAGACUGAUGGUUUCCGUUCGGAAUUGAAUCGGAACGUAGAUCGCAACCACACUGCUGUGCGUAUUGAAAUGGAACUAUAGUUAUAUAAACAUGAUACAAUCAGACGCCUCUGUCAAUGUCCGC